AUGCCUCUUUCAUCCCCAAUUAAUUUUACGAAAUGGAUAUCAGAAAAUUCUCACUUACUCAAACCGCCAGUCAACAACUUUUGCUUAUAUCGUGGUGGUGAUUUCGUCGUUAUGGUAGUAGGAGGUCCUAAUGAAAGGAAUGACUAUCAUGUUAACGAAACCGAAGAAUGGUUCUACCAGUACAAGGGUGGCAUGCUUCUGAGGACAGUAGAUGACGGCACCUUCAGAGACAUUCGCAUAGAGGAGGGAGAGAUGUUUUUAUUGCCUGCCAAUACACCACAUAAUCCUGUGCGCUUCGCCGAUACCAUUGGUCUCGUUAUGGAAAGAGAACGCCCUGGUAAUUCAAUAGAUCGUUUGCGGUGGUAUUGCCCAUCAUCAACUCACGACAAGCCAACGAUCAUCUAUGAAGAGUCCUUCCAUGUAACUGAUCUCGGGACGCAACUCAAGCCGGUGAUAGAACGUUGGCAACAAACGCCCGAUUUGCGUAAAUGUAAGCAGUGUGGGUCUGUCGCUGAUCCUAAGUAA